UUGCUGGUACACUUGACAGUAAGCCAGUGCAGUAUUCGGGGUUAACACUAAGCGGCGUUGCAGAUUCAUCUGAAACUUGUUUCCUCAACACUGCUUUCCUGUGUUUCUUAAACCGACCAUGGCCCAAUUGCAGGCUAUGGUUGAAAAGUCCAAAUAAUUAUCCUUUCCUAACCACUUGUCCUUGACUUUGAUGAGAAACGACACAAGCUCAAGGAAAGAUGUGAAGUAGAAUUUAUAAGUACUUAGGGGAUAGGAUAAGAUGGACAACCCCACUGCACUUUAACUCUAGACUUUGAAACAGAUUUUAUCUACAACACAUGGAAGAACACAGACAAAAAAGUAAAGUUCCCCGUCCUACACAGUCAGAACUCUUAAGAUAGGAUGUUUUGUUGUGUGUUAAAGCAUAAUAUAAAGAUGUUGCUGUUGCGCUUAACAGUAAGCCGGUGCACUAUUUGGGGUUACCACUGAGCGGUGCUGCAGACUCAUUUUUAACUUGUUUCCUCAACACUGCUUUCUGUGUUUCUUUAAACCAUGGCCCAAUCUCAGCAUCCCCCAGCCCACAGCCCUGAACUCUGACAGACAUAACUGACCUCACCUGGCAAGUGAUUGAGUGCAAGAGGCUGCAAGGGCUCAAAAUGCUAUAAACGGGAAUGGGACAGGACUUUGCCACAUCAUUUUUUUUUUUUACGUUCAUUACUUUCUUAGCGGCCAGUAAGGCACUUAAGGGACUGACUGCCCUUAUUUAUACCUCUCGAAGGCUCUUGCCUUACAGAGUUGAUGAGAGGUAAUUGUAAAUAAUGAUCUGUAUUUGUCAAUAAUCAAUGCAUUAUUCUUCUUCAAACCAGCAUCAUUAAGUAAAAAGUAAAAUAAAUAGUUGAAUAAACCAGGUGUGUAAUAAGGUGAUUGCUUUCCUUUGAUGUCAUGUGUUCUGUGUACCAUCUAAAAUCUAUGUAAACUUUUUCUCUGACCACGUUAACGCCAGGGUUGGUCACUCCUUCCAUGGUUGUUUGUUUACUGUUUUUUCUUUCUCUCAUAAGGCGGAUUUGCCCUGAUUUUUCUCUCACUUCCUGGUAAUCCUCGUGUUUCAUGACACAACUGUAUGAACUGUGGGCAAUUCCCUCAGGCAAAGUCUGCAGAAAUGCCGACUUUGUAGCCCGAAGUCCUCACGGACUCACCGGGAACGAGCCUGAAAGUUUGAGUCUGUGAGUGUGGACGUUGAGAUUGGCCCUAUAGUGUGAACAACACCAGCCAUCACUGGGUUUCAAACUCUAGACCCCAGUCUUCCCCACUCAAGAGUGUUUCUUCAUCUCGGAGACUAAAUGCAACUGGACCAGGGGGCUUGUGGGCAUGAAGUGGCUGGGCGAAUCCAAGAACAUGGUAUUAAAUGGCAGGCGACACGGAAACAAGUUGACCAGCGAGCAACCUGUGAGCCAGACUCGCUCUCAGCAUUCACAGCGGGCGUCCCUGCGCCACAGCAGAAACAGAAACCGAAGAUGUAGCCGCAGGUUUAAUGCGGCCAGUCUGGAGGCAGAGAGGCGCUAUGUGCCCUCCUCAGGAAUGACUGCCAAGGAGUUGUGUGAGAAUGAUGAUCUGACCACGAGCCUCAUCCUGGAUCCAUACCUGGGCUUUCAAACACACAAAAUGAACACCAGAUUUCGACCAAUUAAGGGAAGACAAGAGGAGCUGAAAGAGAUCAUCGAGCGCUUCAAGAAACACGACAACUUGGAGAAAGCUUUCAGAGCUUUGACGACCGGAGACUGGUCCCGAAAUCUUUUUCUCCACAAGACAAAAGCUCAAGAAAAGCUAUUCAAGCAACAUGUAUUUGUGUAUCUGCGGAUGUUUGCCACAGACAGCGGGUUUGAGAUUCUCCCUUGUAAUCGCUAUUCAUCAGAGCAGAAUGGAGCUAAAAUUGUGGCAACAAAGGAAUGGAAAAGAAAUGACAAGAUCGAGUACCUGGUGGGAUGCAUUGCUGAGCUGUCAGAGAGUGAGGAGAACAUGCUCCUCCGGCACGGGGAGAACGACUUCAGUGUCAUGUAUUCAACCCGCAAGAACUGUGCGCAGCUCUGGCUGGGGCCAGCUGCGUUCAUCAAUCACGAUUGUCGGCCAAACUGCAAGUUUGUGUCGACAGGACGGGACACAGCCUGUGUGAAGGUUUUGAGGGACAUUGAACCAGGAGAGGAAAUCUCUUGCUACUACGGAGACGGGUUUUUUGGGGAAAACAAUGAAUUUUGUGAAUGCUAUACAUGUGAACGACGGGGCACCGGCGCUUUCAAAUCUAAAGCUGGACUACCCGUGGAAGUACCGGUGAUCAACAGCAAGUACGGGUUGCGGGAGACAGACAAGCGUCUCAACAGGCUGAAGAAGUUGGGGGAAGGAAACAGGAGUUCAGAUAGUCACUCUGUAGGCUCCCACACCGAUGUAGACUCUCAGGAAAUGCCAAAAACACAUCAGUCUGCCAGAAAAAGAACAUCAUCAUCAUCUUCAUCAUCUGGCCUGAAGUAUAAAAACAGGACUCAAUCCAGACAGACUUUGUCAAGAGCCCUUACUACCUCAUGUUCAAAACAAGGUCGUGUAAACAAUAACAGGGUACCAAAGAGACUAAAAUCCCAAUCCAAGCCUUCACUAAGUAAAGUCCAGUUGCGGAGUCGCAGGAGGGGUGCAGAGCCCAAGGCGUUGGCCAAAGGAGAGACUUGCCAGCUGGGUCUCAGGGACUCAAAGGUGUCACUGUGUAAAAGUGUCACCGUCAAGAAGGAGAAGGAUGGACAGGAGCUGGUGCCGCAGACACUAGGCCAGCGGGGUUGCCUCACCCGUCACGCUGCGAAGGAAAAUGGCAAUCUACCGCAUGUGCAAAACAGCGAGGGCAGCCAGUGUUCGAUGUACAGAACUCGCAGGUCCACAAGGACCCUUGUAAAAGCCCAGGAAACAGCAGCAGGCGUUAAGCUGGAGCCCAGUGCUAUGGACGGCUUGAGCCCAGUCCCUGGUGGAGUGGUCAUCAAAACGGAGCCAGCUGACAUGGAGGAGUACCUCCGCCACGGAGUAGGACUGGAGCAGCCGGCAUUAGACGCUGGCUACGCCAGAAGAGGCUCGUGCAGCCGGCGGAAACGGCUGGCGCCGCUCAGGGCCGAGCGGACAAUUAAAUGUGAGGACUCGUACGGCGAGCCGUUCAUGCCGGUGGCUGCUGGCCACGCCGCAAACUUCUCGGACUGUGGCAACGUGCUGUUGAACUUCGCAGACCGACACAGGGACUACAAUGGGGUUGCCAAUGGCGGCAAAUCCCUCCGCAGGGACAAGGGUAAGAGUGGCUGCCGGUCGCAGGACAAGGGGAAGAAAAAGCGCCGGAUCACGCGAUACGACGCUCAGCUAAUCCUGGAGAACAACACGGGCAUCCCCAAACUGACGCUCCGCCGGCGGAGGGACAGCAGCAGUAGCAAGACCAAUGACGCCAACGAUCCGAUUGGCUCCUCCAACCUUUCUGCCUCUACGGUCAACUCGGCCUCUUCCAGCAAAAUCAGCAUCAAGUUCAGCAAGGACCACGACAAGGACAAAGGCAGCUCAUACAUUGCCAAACUGAAUAACGGCUAUGCUCCCGGGGUCCACAGCAACUCCACCAAGCUGAAGAUCCAGCUGAAGAGGGAGGACGAUGCACGGAGAGUAUCCCAGACAAAGGCGGACCAGAUGUCCUAUAACGGGGACAUGGGUCAGAGUCUGGAGGCCAGAAAUGGUGGACAUCGGACCCAAAAGGUCCUGGCGGACCCUUCGUCUGAAGAGGACGAUGAUGAGGAAGGGGAGGAGGAGGAGGAUGAAGACGACGACGACGACGACGAUGAUGAUGACUACUUCGACAAUGAGUUCGAAGACGAUUUCAUUCCACUUCCUCCAGCAAAGCGCCUCCGACUCAUUGUGGGUAAAGACUCCAUAGACAUCGAUAUCUCCUCCAGGAGGAGAGAGGAUCAGUCUCUGAGGCUCAAUGCAUAAGCUGUGUGGAGUUCAUCACUUCCACCUUCCCCUGUAAAUAGAGAUGACUCGCUAAUCAACUCCUGUGUUGAUGUAAAAGAAGUACAGUAAUUUAAAAACAAAACAAAAUUGCUGAGGGGAGAGAAAAAAAAAAAAAAGUCUGAAAGAACUUUACUAGAAGGGUUCUGUUGACCUAAAACAAACCUCUCUUAUUCACUUAAGUUGUGUUCAUUUAGUUUCUGGUGUUAUUGUAGUUCUCAAAUGACCUUUUUUAUGAAGUGAAAGUUGACUCACCGAGUCCACUUCUCUGGCAUUUAAUCUGCAAACUAUGCUAAACGAAAAACUGCUGGAAUAUGCCACGUUUGUCCUCCACAUCGUUCCUGAAUAAGCUGGCCCGGACCUCUUAAGUGAAAAACGAGAAUUUGUUUUACGUUCAACUAUUCCUUUAAAGGUGAAUGCACUUGUUAUAUUCAUAACGGACAUGGAUAUUGUAGAAAGUGUACAGUAAUGGUGACUAUCCCCUCUGUCUCACGGGCAGGUUUUUAUGAAACUUUUGAGUUUAUUUUUCUUUUUGUUUUUUUGUCUCGUAGUUUGUAAUUUGUGUGUGGCGAACCACGGUCGAACGUACAGUGUGGCGUGGUCGGCCCAGAGGCAUUAUAAGAUCAAUCAGUCAGUUCAUUUUGGAUUCAGGUGCCAUGUUCUCAUUAUCCCAGUAGUUUUCCUGCUAAAGAACCCCAUUUAUUACCCCUCAUUAUUUACUGUGUAAGUUAAUCAUGUGCGUGUGUGUGUUCAAUCAUAGGACGUUUAUUUUUUUAUUUUAAGCAAAUCCGUGCUCGCGUGUUGAACAUCGUAGAGAGAGUUUUUGAAAUAGAAUUUACAGUUUUAUGUAUAUUAUGGAUUUAACUUGCACCAAAGCCAGAACUUGAAACAGAAAUGGGAAAUCGUACUGAAAUGUUAGCAGCAACAAUACGCAUGUGGAAAAGUGUUUCAGUUUUCCCGCGGUUGUCUCACAUUCAUGACACGAACGAUCUGUUGUAACGGGAGUUGCACAAAUUUGUUUUAUUUAGAGCGCUGUAAAUAAAAUUAAGUUAAUUAAGCUGCAGAAUCCACAAGACACAAAAGCACACAAGGUUUAGUAAUUAGAUUAACAGGACCAGCGUCUUGUCUUUGUUUUCGGAGCUGCUGUAUAAUGGUGACAUGGCACACAACUGAGUAGGCAAAUCAAACCAAAUCCAUUAUAUUAAAGCUACAUGUAUGCUUUUAAAAUAAAAAGUAAUGUACAGAAAGACUGGUUUAUGCCCCCCCCCCCCCAUCCCCAAGCUGCAUUACGACAUUACAAGUCCAGUCUCUCUUUUUAUUUACCUAAUUAUGAGUUUUGGAGGCACGUUAACAAAUGUCCGUCAACACUAGAGUUAUUGGAGGAAAAUCGCAUUGUGUGAAAUAUUCUGACUAGCUUAGAAUCAUGUAUUCUCUCUAUGGUGCUACUUUUAUUUCCUUACCUUUCAUCGGUUUGAAUAUUCUGUCCUGUGUAACUCUCUUAUUGGUAGACGGUGGCAGCAUUAACUUCCAACAGGCCCCAAAAAACUCUGUAGAAAUACACACUUUUUUCUAAGUUUUGUCUGUAGCCUAUUUAAGUUUUGUUUUUCUUUACAGGUGCUCAUAUACGUUCAGUUUCUUUUUAGGUUGCAAAAAAAAAACAAACAGCAUUAGGUGCCUUAACAAAUAGCUUUUUAACACAUUUAGACCAAAUUUGUCACGUGAUUACCGGAAAUCAAUGAGUAGUGAAAAUGCUAAGCCAUCUGCCCCCCCCCACCCCCGACACAAAGUCCACCCUCAGUCCUUCUGUAUAUUAUUUUAUUUUUGUUGUGUGGAAGUAAAUGAACUGUCCAAUAGAUCAAGGGAUCAUCUGAGAUUGAAUGUUAACCCACUUUUCCUGUGUUAAUAUGUACUGUUCAUAUCACCAGCAGCUAAUCACCGUUCUGAACCUGGCUCAGUCUGUCCUUUCUGCCCCUCCCUCCUUCGUCGGACGUCUCCCAUCCAACACUGUAAACUGUUCCAGGUGUACCGUAUGUGUGGUCUUUGUCCAAUAGACAGCUGUCAAGAUUUCCAAUUGAUUCAAAAAGUAAAAGGAGAGGAGAGGAGGAAAAAAAAACAACAAAAAAAAAGGCAAAACAAAUGUGAAUAGUUUGCGGACAUUUUAGCGUGUUGCCGUGGGUUAGUGGGAAAAACGUGUAAAGAGAAUUAAAAAUGGGCAGUGCAUAUAUUGUCCAAUAUGUAAAUCAUGUGAACACAUCUUGUACUUAUUUAACAGUUUUGAAUACUUGAAAACUAUAUAAAGUUUCUUUGUGAUUCUUGUUUCCUGA